UGGAGUCACAGAGCAGCAGCUCCUGGAGAAUGAGUUUGUUGGUCACUUAAGAGACUGGAAUUGAGCAGCAAGCCCCCCCUGACCACCAUCAGCACAGGCAGCGAUCAGAGCAUGCCUGCUGGUGCCCCUACUUCUGGACACAAACCUAUUUACAGGAGAAAUCCAAUUGUGUUUUCCCCAUCAAGUAAUCCACCUACCCCUGACAUCGUGGGAUCACAUACCUGAACCAGAUUCCACGAAACAAAACCGUGUUUUUUUUUCUCCGAGAAGGCCUGAAGUCUGAUUAAUUUAUUCGAUUUCAUCUGCUAGUGGACUCCAGGAAGACCAGAGGAGCAGAUCUUCAAGUCCUCAUUAUGGCCAGCAAGACUCUUCCAGCUCCUGUGCCAAUACAUCCCUCCCUGCAGCUUACCAACUACUCCUUCCUUCAAGCCUUUAAUGGGCUCCCAGUGCCACCAGAUCACAUUCCAAACAUCUAUGGUUUCAGUGCCUUGCAUGCAGUUCACCUUCACCAAUGGACUUUGGGAUAUCCAACCAUCCACCUGCCAAGAUCUUCCUUUUCCAAAGUUCCAGGAGUUUCUAAUCUGAUAGACACUAGAUUUCAUCUUCCUGCAGCUUUCCCACUUUUGCCUCAUGUCGUCCACCCCAAGCAUGAAUCCACCAACUUGGCUGUCAAGACAAAACCCAGGUUUGACUUUGCUAACCUUGCAGUGGCUGCCACCCAGGAAGACCAUUGUAAACUGACCCAAAUAGAUAUUCAAGGGUCUCCUUCUGCCAUGACUACUCUUCUUGAUGUAACCAAACUGGGCCCUGAGAAGAAACCAACAAGGGGGAGACUGCCUUCAAAAACCAAGAAGGAAUUUGUUUGUAAAUUUUGUGGAAGACAUUUUACCAAAUCUUAUAAUCUUUUGAUCCAUGAGAGAACUCACACAGAUGAAAGGCCAUACACUUGUGACAUUUGCCACAAGGCAUUCAGAAGACAAGACCACUUGCGAGACCACAGGUACAUUCAUUCUAAGGAAAAACCUUUCAAGUGUCAGGAGUGUGGCAAAGGAUUUUGUCAGUCCAGAACUUUAGCUGUCCAUAAAACGCUUCACACACAAGUCAAAGAACUCAAACCAUCAAAAAUAAAAUGCUGAAACAGACUGCAUUAAAAAUCCGGAUAUAUCAAGCUAUUUAAGUCAUUUUGGUAACAUAUUAAAGUGUAAGAAGACUGGAUUUUUAUAGACUAAUGUUCCUGGUUGGAUAAAACUUGCUUUUGUUGGAACUGAAACUCAAUCCAGAGAUGAGAAGGAAA